AGGCAAUAACUGAAUUAACAAAAAUUAUUUAAGGCAGGCCAGGAAGGGUGAAUUGUUACAUCGACUUACUUUGAAAAUUUUUUAAGAUUUCUGUUUAGUUCUUAAAGCUUCAAGAAUAUCAGCUUCAGAAAUGACUUCUAAUUAUAAAAACAAUAUAACAGUAAGGAAUAUAUUGACAAGUUGGAAUGACUUUCAGCUGCUUGUUGGCUUCCAAAAGCAAGGUUGGGAAGGAGACUGAGAAGGAGUUGAAAUUGAAAUUCAUCACUCUGGGAUAUGUACCAGUAAAAAUGCAGGUGGUAGCAAAUUCCUUUCAUCCUUGGAAUCAGCACUGUUCCCUGAACAGGCCUGUUGGGAAACAUUGCUUGACUUUUGGUAAAAAUUCUUGUUAUAAACAUCCGUUAUGAGGAUCUUUUGUAUAUUCUGAUAAUCUAAUCAUAAGAAACUUUCUCAGGUUCCCUUUUAGACCCUAAAAACCAAAAGCUCUUACAAAGUUGGGGCUUUACUUUUAAAAGAUGCUUUAAAUUUUAAAGAGAUUUCUGAUUUUCUCCUUUGAACAGCUGGAGUUUAAGAGGCAGGGAAACCCACGGGGAGUCUAUAACCCCACCCCCACCCCGCAUCUGCCAUUUGUAAUGUCUCUUGAACAUGGAGGGCAGGGAGUGAAACGAGGAGAACCUAGGCACAAACAGAUCUGGUCUGUCUAGACAUACGCAUGAUAUUUAUAUUUUAUUUUUAGGGUAAAUUGUUAAUUACCUUAAUAUGGCCAGAAGUCCAUUGCUGGAGUGACUAGAUGAAAAACAUCUAACUUCUGAGUCUCAGUUUCUUCAUCUGUAAAAUGGCAAGAUUGAACUGAAACGAAAUGAUCUCUUAGGAAGUUCCAGUUCUAAAAUUCCCGUUACUUAUUUCCAUGGGGCACUAUAACUUUUGGGCUCCCCGGUUUGACUUUGAUGUAAAGUAUAAACUUCGAAGUCCUUCUGUUUGGGAGAGGUAGCUAGGAAGACCCCUGCAGGGGAAUUCUGCCCAGGGGUCUUUUGAGCCAGGGCAGGAGCCAACUGCUGAUACCAUUUUGGGGACCUGCCUGUCCCUGCAUCUCAAAGGACCUGUCUGGAAAUGACAGUUUGUUUAAUCUGCUUUAAACCUCCGACGCUUAAAGAUUGCAAACCUUUCAUUCACACGAUUCCAGAAAUGCUGAGUGGGCACAACCCUGCCCAGAAAUCAAGGGGAGAAGUGUAGCAGAUGCUUCUGGAAGGCCCUUUUUAUAGCUCCUGGCUCCUUCCUGCCAGAGACGUUUCACAAGUUCACUACUAGGAAGCUGAGUCAUCGAGGGUUCAGCUGGCACGGCCAAGGUCACUCCGUGUUGCCAGCAGCACAGAUGAGGUUAGCCCAGACAGCCUGAGCUUUUUUGGGGGAGUGACAGUAGGAGUGACAGAGGGUGGGGGGAGCUGCUUCCCACCCUGGGGGGUGGGGCUCAGUGCACCAUCUCAGCUCACGGUGAGAUUUACAGUGAGAUGCAUCUUCCUGUGUCAGUCGCCCCAUUUCUUCCCUCCAUUCUUCUCCUUCCCUGAAUCCAAGGAUGGAGAUCAGGGACCAAACAGACAGAAGUGAUUCUGUGAGAAGAGACUGUUCCACGGUGUGAUGUGGGGUGCAGUUGGGUAACCUGUUGUCCUUGUGGGUACCCUGUUAACAGGAUUAGCAAACCUGCUCUACCAGUCCUGGCCUCUGCCCUUCAAGAGCCCUCACCCUGGUGGAGUAGACAGACACGAAUGCAGAGCUUGCAGCCAGAUCCCAAAGCCCAGUACACAAGCGUCUAUGGAGCGCUCAAGAAAAUCGUGCGGACCGAAGGGGCCUGGAGGCCCUUGCGCGGCAUCAACGUGAUGGUCAUGGGAGCAGGGCCUGCCCAUGCCAUGUAUUUUGCCUGCUAUGAAAACAUGAAAAGGACUUUAAAUGAGGUUUUCCACCACCGAGGAAACAGCCACCUAGCCAAUGGGAUAGCUGGGAGUAUGGCCACCCUGCUCCACGAUGCGGUAAUGAAUCCAGCAGAAGUUGUGAAGCAGCGCAUGCAGAUGUAUAACUCGCCCCACCGGUCAGCCCUCAGCUGCAUCCGGACAGUGUGGAGGACUGAGGGCUUGGGGGCCUUCUACCGGAGUUACACCACACAGCUGACCAUGAACAUUCCUUUCCAGUCCAUCCACUUCAUCACCUACGAAUUCCUGCAAGAGCAGGUCAAUCCCCAUAGGGGCUACAACCCACAGUCCCACAUUAUCUCGGGCGGCCUGGCUGGGGCCAUUGCCGCGGCGGCCACCACCCCCCUGGACGUCUGUAAGACCCUGCUCAACACUCAGGAGAACGUGGCUCUCUCCCUGGCCAACGUCAGCGGCCGCCUGUCGGGCAUGGCCAAUGCUUUCCGGACAGUGUACCAGCUCAACGGCCUGCCUGGCUACUUCAAAGGGGUGCAGGCCCGCGUCAUCUACCAGAUGCCAUCCACCGCCAUUUCCUGGUCCGUCUAUGAGUUUUUCAAGUACUUCCUCACGAAGCACAAGCUGGAGAAUCGAACUCCAUACUAAAGGAACAGAUGGCGGGAAGUGAUUCCAGAAUCUUUUAUUUUUAAGAGGCUUUCCCUGCCUGAUUCCAUUCCCUUGUCCUCACACCCAGAUUAUUUUUGCCGGGUGCUCACUGUGAGCCUUCCGCUCCCUGACGCCUGAGGAAGGGGGAGGCCGGAACAGCGGCUCACCCAAAGGGCGUCCGCAGGGAGAUGUGAAGUGGUGGUGGAGGGGGAAAGGCUUCACGGGGAGGGAGGAACCACGUUUUUCUCUUCCUCUAAAAAGAAUGUAGCUCUUCUGCUUCACUGCAGCUGUCAGUCCCCCUCCGCCUGGAAUCUUAGCUUACACAGGAGGGAAGAAAAGGUGCAGUGAUUGAAAACAUUAAAGAAAAAUUUUAUGUAUAUAAAAGUUCCAGUACACAGUAUAAAAUAGAUGGAUAAUGUUUAUCCUUUAUUUUUCUAUGUAGAAGUUUUUGAAUUUGUGUGUGUGCCUGUGCGUGUGUACAAGUAGUAUUACAGCUGGGAAUAUAAAGCUGUUUUUAAAAUAUAGAGAGAGGGCUGAAUUCUUCCACCAGGUUAAGUCAAAAGGCACCACAGUGACUUGAUUAAAUUGCUGCAUGUGGCCUGAAAUUGUGUAGAGCCCCCCAGAUGGAAGUUUCACUUGAAUGUAAAAUAAUAAACAUUAAAUUUAUAUUUUGAAUUUCUCUUUUUAUGGGAAAAAGAGGUACGUUGAAAAAAAAUCAAAAUAAUGAUACAUUCCUUCCAGCUAAUUCUUUAUUUUCCUUUUUCUUUUAAUCAAUCAGUCACCUUCGUGUGCCUUUCCCCUGUGUCUUUUCCUAAAAAUUCCAGGAUCAAAGAUCUAGACCUGGAACAUUUUAUACACACAUGCACACUUACUGGAGGGCAGAAUCUCUCUAACACUUAAAGACGGUGAACUCCAGUGGAAUUAUUACUAGUCUUAAACCUGUGUGAGACCAUUUCCUUCCCUUUGUUUUGAGUGAUAUGCAUGUAUGCCUCCCUGGGUCCGCACUUACUAAGACCUUGAAAUGCAAACAUUUGGCCUCUUGUGGUGCAGGUAAUUUGGAUUCAUCCAGUUUUUAUUCCUAGGAUGUAUUUCUGCAUCAACUUUUCAACCAAAGCACUUCAGCUAUCCUCUUUGUGUGCAUUUUGACUAAAUCCCAUCCUUUGUUUCCCUGUGCAGUUUAGGGAUUUUUAAACUGUAACAAGUAUAACUGGCAUUUGUCUUCUCCCCGCCCUGUCCUGCCAUUAUAUCCCCCCAUGACAGAGCCAGGGCCUUUAGUCUGGGCCUCGCUGCUGCAGCCUGGCUUAGACCCUCAUGCAGAAGUCAGAAAAUGUCUCUUUGGAGCUAUUCUUUAGCCUUCCUUGAUCCGUGUCACCUAAGAACAUAAGGCCUAAUCUUGUUCUCUAAAACGAGUGUGCUCUGAGUUAGAUCAUCACGGAGGGAAAAUACAAGCCUGUUAACCUCUAGCUAUGCCAUUUGAUUUGCUGCCAGACCACUGUCUAAGGGAAGACUGAAUGGCUUCACAGUUUCCUUUCAUGAGCCCUUAACAGAUCCCAUCUCUAAAAGGGAGCCAGAAGUAUUUGUGUAUUUUCAUUUUGGUGAACCUGAGCAGGACAGCUCAGACUGGCCACCACCUUCCGGCGCAGCCACUGUCAACGCAGAGCAUCUUGCUGAGGCUCAGGCCUGGGCCCCUCUGGAUGGCGUUACUUCCUGGGAAGGACUCAGUUUAUGCUUGGAGAAUUUUCAUCUUGGGAGUAUGCACACAGUGCCUCCCAGGGUAGAUUUUGGUUUUGCUUUUGACCUAAUAGCUAUGAGGAGUUUAAUGUACAAUUAGCUUCCUUUUUCAGAUCAAGGACAGGCGAGUUCCAUGUUGCGUACCUCCCACGUAUGCUCCAGGAGCAGGGCCUUGCUGCUGCUGGUGCUGACCUCACCCACCAUAAGGCCAUCCCCAAAAGAAACCAGUUGUAGCAAACUUCUGUCUCAUGCUGGGAUGCAAAAAACCCACGGAGACCAUGCUGCUGCUGAAAGUGGUUUACUGAAAGUGGUUUACGUCUGUUCUCCAAACGUGUCUUGAAAUUAGUGUUAAGUUCUUGGUAAUGGAGGAAAAAGCUAGAUCAAAAAUUUUUUUUUAUUGUCCAGCUACAUUUUUUUAGUCUAUUUAAAGAAGAUACGUCACACUGCUGCAAAAUAUUCCUUAUUUCUCAAAGGAAUCUGUUUUAGAUGGUAUUCAGAAAAGAAUGUUCAUUUCUCUGGGAAAGCUACUCUGGAAUAGGGAGAUGCAAGAAGGAGAGGUAGGAAUUGGAUUUUCAGAGUUUUGUGGGCUAGGGGUUGGAAAGUCUGGCCUUGGCUUUCCUCACACUGUGCUAUGAUGGACAGGUUGUCUGUAAAAUACAGGCAGCACCCCCUGUCCUGCCUACCUCACUGGUUUGUUUUGAGGUUAAAUGAGUAAUGUAUCUGAAAAUGCUUUGAAAGUUGUGGAAAUAAAUGUAAGUGGUCAUUAAUUUUGUGGGAUUUAACUUUUUACCUUUUCCCUUAGCUCCAAAGUUUGUAUUAUUGCCCCUUGCAGACUGCAGUCCAGUUGCUGACUGUGAAUUUGAGAUUGUGAGGUGCUAAAUAGGAAAAUGGUUUCCCUCUCCCCUUCCCUGACAAUGACCGACUUAGUAUAAUCACAGCACAUACUUGGACAUUAGUGUCUUCGAGUAACCAGGCAAUGCCAUGUGUGUACAAUGCUCAUACAGAAGGCACAUGUGUGCGUGUGUGUGUGUGUGUUAGCUCUUCUUCUCAGACCACGAUUUGAGGUCAGCCACUAAAGAUCAGAGUUUUACUUUCAUUUUAGAAUAAAAUUUUGAUUUUUUUUUCCAAUGA